GACCACUUUUGCUUCCGUACCACCAUCAUCGAUUAUCCCCCUCCGUUCCCUCACCAUUUCCUCCUGCAGCAGUGCAUAUUCUCGUCGUUUCCCCGGAUAUCUGGAAGAGUAGCUUUUCAGUAUCAUGACGACGCCGUUCAAGGACAGCGUACCCGUCGAAUUCAGCCUUUCUAUUCCCCAAGAGCUCUUUGAUUACAUUCUCGACUUCCUGUACGACGGCGCCCCUACCUUGCUGGCGUGCUCUCUUAUAUGCCGUGCAUCCCUUCCCUGUAGCUGCUAUCAUAUCUAUUCAAGCGUGUUUAUCGUGCACAUCUGUGAAUUUGACAAAUUUCGAGAACAAUACGCAGGGCAACUGUACCACCACGAGAACCUUGCCACAUUACUCCAACAUUCUCCCUCCGUUGCCUCGCUGGUCACAAGAUUCGGAAUUCAUGCAAUGUUAAACGCGAUGAUGGACCCUUUUGAUGGACAUCUCUCUCUUGCCUAUCGUUCAAUCUCUCCAUAAUCUGUCCCAUCGAAUUCAUCACUCGCCGAAACUAGGGAUUCUGGACCGAGUCUCCAGUCACCGCACAGACUCUUCCUCACAGCUCUCCGCUCUCUCCCACUCAAAACACCCGUCUUCAAAGGCACUAAAUU